AUGUCGAGUGGGUUCGUUACGUCUGAUGAAUUGGAAGAACAGCGGCGGAAGCGACAAGAAGAAUGGGAAAGGGUGCGAAAACCUGAUGAUCCUGUAGAAGCCCCGGAACCUGAAGUUUGCAACAAAUCUUUAUACGAACAACUCAGGGAUAAUAGGGAGGCCAAACAGGCUGAAAUUGACGAAGCUAAAAAGUUCAGUGAGUCUACACUUUUUUAA